GUUGGCAUGGUAACAGCGUGCCGAGGCAGCUGGGGCAUGGAGCAGGAGAACGGACCGGGGCCGGCAGGAGGUUCGGAGGAGAGCGGCCCGGGGUCGGGUAGGUAGGGCAUAGAGUGGUAGAUUCCGGGACGGGCCCUGCAUCGUCACUCUCGACCGCAAAACUGGCAGCAAGAUUCGACAAGUAACAGCCAAACACCAAAAGGGAGUCAUGUCGCCUUCAACCUCCGAACGCUCCACCCCCAACUUCCCUCCCCACUCACCCACGAACACUCCACUCCCAACCCACUAACUCUUCCACUUCCCAACUUCCAACAACAUGAUGCUAAAUUAAAUUAAAUCUCUUCUGCUUGCACAUAAACUGUAUCCCUUUAACUCUGCAUAUUCAUGGGCCUAUCUAAAAGCUUCUUAAAUACCACUAAGCAAACACGAGGAAAUCUACAGAUGCUGGAAAUUCAAGCAACACACACAAAAUGCUGGUAGAACACAGCAGGCCAGGCAGCAUCGAGAAGGAGAAGCACUGUCGACGUUUCGGGCCGAGACCCUUCCUCAGGACUAACCAAAGGAAAGAUAAAUACUCAUCUGAAUCAGAGAAGUUUGUACAGAUUUCCAUGUCGCUGGUUGCUGAGCGAAAUCUGCAUGCUGAGGAACAUAGAAUGGAAGAUAUGAAAGAAGCUCUGGCAAAGCUAAUGACUAUUCGAUUAGACCGAGAGAAUAUCAGCACCCUAGGAAAUUUUGAGUGUGUGGAAAAUAUCUGCAGUCUUUACCUUCAGCAGAAUCAAAUUAAGAAGAUAGAAAAUUUAGAAUUGUUUCACAAUUUAAGGUUUUUGACACUGGCUGGCAACAGAAUCCAGAAAGUGGAAAACCUAAAAUGCUUACAGAAAUUGGGAUUCUUAGACCUCUCAGAUAAUCAGAUUGAACAACUGGAUCCAGGUGAAUUUCCAGAACGUCUCAUCAUUCUGAAUAUGUCAGGCAAUGACUGCACAAAACAGGAAGAAUAUAGGGAGCAGGUGAUACAGACUCUUCCUGUCCUGCAGCAACUUGAUGGUAUCCUUGUCCAAAGAAAGAAAGAUCCAAAUGAAGCUGGAGAAAUUCAUGAUUCAGAUGGUUCUGAAAACGAGGAGGAUUCUGAUGAACUGGAUGACACUGAGGUUGAGAAGAAUGAUUCAUUACCUAACAUCUUCACUUCACCAGAAAAAAUAAAAGAUUUCUUUGCUGAGCUUCAUAAAGAAAUGGUCUGUCGAUCUCAACAGCGAAGGAAGGAAGCUGAAAAGAAACACAAGAACAGACUGAAUGAACUGCAGGAGAUCCGUAAACAGUUAACUCAAAUGCAAUAUGAACCAAUAAAAAUGGGCAAGCUUUCUAAUUAUCCAAGAAACGAUCCAAAUUUUCAUUUGCGAGAAAAUGGCCAAAAUGAAGAACAUGCUGCCCAAGCUGAUACCUUGGAUUAACAAAUUCAGGGCAGUUGUCACAGGGCUAACUGAGGAAUUAGCUCAACUACUUCAACUGAAAAGAUUCCUUUUUAUCAAGCCAACCAUAAGUCAAAAGAGCAUUAACCCAAUAAUACUUAAAAGACUAGUCAAGAACAAGAAGCAGAACAAUUUUCUUAUUUUAGGGGUAGGAAAUUUAAUUUGGAUAAAAUUAAAACUAAAAAUUGAGCAUUCUCUCCCUCCCGCUAUUAUUUUUGCCUCAAUUUGCUAAAUCCUCUGCAUAGUGUGUUCAUUCUUUAGAUAGAGUGAAGGAUUUGUGAUGAUUGGUGGUUCAGGGUGUAAAUAUUCCAGGUGGCUUUCAUAUUAAACCAUAUAAAUUGGGUUUUUCUUGGUUUCAUCUCAAAUCUGUUAGUUUUAGGGUGUGCAUAUGCUGGCAUGGUUUAUUCAUGCUCUUCAUGUGUUUCUCUGUAUUUCAGUCCAUCUGACUCAAGCAUCUGACUUUCCUUUUCUCCUUCAUGUUUAUUUAGCUUUUCCUUCAAUAUCUCAGCUUCUUCCUAUGGUAGAAACUCAUAGUCUGCUUGGGAGCCUAUCCCCAUAUUUUUUGCUUUGCAUCAAAGUAAAGAAUAAAUCUGAGGGUUUUUGAUAAACACCAAGUGGACAUUUUACCCAAGCUUCAAGAGUUUAUGAAAUCCCUCAACAUGCUGUGCCUCACUGAAGACAGUUGGGCCCUGAAGGAUUCCAGCAAUAAUGUUCUGGGCUUGGUACAAUCAGUUUUCAAAACCAUCUUCAUUUGGGCAGGGUAUUAACUUCUUUAGAUGCCCAUUGACUAUUUUUCUUUAGAUGCCCAUUGCCCAUUGACCGAAGCACCUUAAUAGAAAACUUAGUCAACUGUCUUAAUGUUGAGGGCACCCACUCUCACCUCGUCACUGUAAUUUAACUUUUUGGUAAAAGUAUGGAUCAUGACUUCAUUGAUGUCUGGAGCCAACUGCUCCUGGCACAAUGGGGCAUUAGUAAGCAGGUCAUUUAUGAGUAAGUGCAGGGCCAUAGCACUGUUGCAAUACCAUUUGUUGCUUUGCUGCUGACUUAACUGGACAGUGACCAGCUGUAUUAGGUUUGCCCUACUUUUUGUGAAGAGGGCAUACCAGAGAAACUUUUUAUAAUGUCAGGUAAAUGUCAGUAUUUUAGCAGUUACUACAUCUGUUAAAGAGCAAGCUGACUGAAAGAGAAUUUUUCAUUUUUACUCUGGCAUCUGCUUUAAUUAGUCUGCUUUUAUAGAAGCAAGGCAACAACCUUGAAUUUGUUUAUGUGCACUCUAGGGCAAUGGUACAUUUAUUGGCUUCCUUGAGUUGCUGCUGCAUUUGGGAUGACUUGCCCAUUCAACAUAUCAUUUCAUAUUUUCAACCAAGAGACAGAAGGUUCGCACAAAGUACAUUUUGUAGCUGUCGCUGUCUGGAAUGUACAUGUUCAUUGAGCAAAGAUUGCUGCAUAGCUUUCAAGAAAAUUGACUACACUUGAUUUUUCCAUUACCUGAGCCAGAGGUAUUGAGCCAACUGAUGGCAGUGUUGUUGCAUUGGUGUGAUCUCAGAACUGAUCAAAGUUUAAAUCUGGUAUCUUGCUGGUCUGCUUGAGUCAUUACCAAAUAUUGGAAUAAUAGUUCAUUAAAAUACCUAUUUUGUUGCAGAAAAAAACUAUUUUCAGUGAUUCUAUGUACAAACCUCAUUUCCAGAAAAGUUGGGAUAUUUUCCAAAAUGCAAUAAAAACAAAAAUCUGUGAUAUGUUAAUUCACGUGAUCUUAUUUAAUUGACAAAAGUACAAAAACAAAAACAAAAGUUACUUUUAUUGACCAACUUAAUUGUAUUUUGUAAAUAUACACAAAUUUAGAAUUUGAUGGCUGCAACACACUCAACAAAAGUUGGGACAGAGGCAUGUUUACCAUUGUGUUAUAUCACCUUUCCUUUUAAUAACACUUUUUAAUCGUUUUGGAACUGAGGAUACUAACUGUAGUAGAUUUGCAAUUGGAAAUUUUGUCCAUUCUUGCUUGAUAUAAGACUUCAGCUGCUUAACAGUCCGUGGUCUCCGUUGUCUGAUUCUCCUCUUCGUGAUGCGCCAUACAUUUUCAAUAGAAGAUAGAUCUGGACUGGCAGCAGGCCAGUCAAGCACACGCACUCGGUGUCUACAAAGCCACGCUGUUGUAGCUCGUGCAGAAUGUGUUCUGGCAUUGUCCUGCUGAAAUAAGCAUGGACGUCCCAGGAAGAGACGUCGCCUUGAUGGUAACAUAUGUCUCUAAGAUACUAAUAUACGCCUCAUAGUUAAUGGUACCUUCACAUACAUGCAACUCACCCAUGCCGUGGGCACUGAUGCAACCCAAACCAUCACAGAUGCUGGCUUUUGCACCUUUUGCUGAUAACAAUCAGGAUGGUCGUUUUCAUCUUUGGCACGGAGAACUCGACGCCUGUUUUUUUCCAAAAACUAGCUGAAAUGUGGACUCAUCUGACCACAGCACACAGUUCCACAGUCUUUUGGUUCAUCUGAGAUGAGCUCAGGCCCAGAGAACUCACCAGCGUUUCUGCAUAGAGUUGAUGCAUGGCUUCCUCCUUGCGUAAUACAGUUUCAGGUUGCAUUUCUGGAUGCAGCGACGGACUGUGUUAAGUGACAAUGGUUUUCCGAAGUACUCCCGAGCCCAGGUGGCUAUAAUUGUCACAGUAGCAUGACGGUUUCUUAGGCAGUGCUGCCUGAGGGCUCGAAGAUCACAUGCAUUCAACAGUGGUUUCCGGCCUUGCCCUUUACGCACUGAGAUGUCUCUGAAUUCUCUGAAUCUUUUCACAAUAUUAUGUACUGUAGAUGUUGAAAGACCUAAAUUCUCUGCAAUCUUGCAUUGGGAAAUGUUCCUUUUGAACUGACUAACAAUUUUCUCAUGAAUUUUGGCACAAAGGGGUGAGCCAUGACCCAUCCUUGCUUGCAAAGACUGAGCUUUUGAUGGACACUACUUUUAUACCCAGUCAUGAUACCUCACCUGCUACCAAUUAGACUGCUUAAUGUGGAGUCUUCCAAACUGGUGUUACUUGAAUUUUCUGUGCACUUUUCAAUCUUAUUUUAACUCUGUCCCAACUUUUGUUGAGUGUGGUGCAGCCAUCAAAUUCUAAAUUUGUGUAUAUUUACAAAAUACAAUUAAAUUGGUCAGUAAAACUAUUGAAAGUCUUUUCUUUGUACUUUUGUCAGUUAAAUAAGGGUUCACGUGAAUUAACACAUCACAGAUUUUUGUUUUUAUUGCAUUUUGGAAAAUAUCCCAACUUUUCUGGAAAUGGGAUUUGUAUAUAAAAUCAUUCUUUGUGAUAACUACAUGAAAUUCUGCUGUCAGCGGUCUACUCUAUAACAUAAUCAGUUAUUCUCAAAAAUGCCUAUUUACUUCCAUCCCAAUUUCAAACUUCUCAAGCCCUUGCUCUUCUUCCUAUCCUAUGACAUUGUUUAGACUCUUGUUUCCCAGCUCUUGGCCCUGAAUCAGAACGUUGUACUUAAUUUUCCACCACAGCAAAUUGCACAUAACAGCACCCCAGUGCCAGUUUUUUACAUGAAUCAUCAAGCUGAGAUCCGAUCUGCCUUCUCGUCUGAACAUGCAAAAUUCAACUGCAUAAUAUCAAAGCAGAAGUCUUGGAUAUUUGGACAGGAAAGCAGAACUGAGAUAAUAGAUCAGCCACGAUCAUGAUGAACGAUACAAGGAGCUGAGCAGCCCAUACCCUCGACUUCUGUGAAUAGCAGAGGAGCUAUCUGCCCUAUUCAUGCCAAUAAAUUGUGAAGGGUUUGAACCGAAAAUUUAACUCCGUUUCUCUUUCCACUGAUGCUGAGUGUUUACAGUAUUUUUCUAUUUUUAUUUCAUAUUUCCAGCAUUUGCAGUGUUUUUUUAAUUUUCACCUGACAGUGUUGUUCUUUGUUUGCUCCUCCAUACAUGCAGUGAGUGUGGAUUGCUAUGACUGCUUCUAUUCUUGUAUUUUCAUGUGAUUUGGCAGCAUGAAUAAACUCUUAAUAAAUGUAACAUCCAAAAACAAUCCAGAAUACACUGGCUCUGCAUUACACAGGAAUAUAUGACUGCAUUCUUCUGAAAAUCAGAUCACACGUUGCUAGCAAAAGCAAUACUGCUCGUCAAGUAGAAAAAGCUUGUCAAGCACACUGCUAAUGUGUUCAGAGAAAUCUCUCAAAUAUUUUUCAUAAUCCAAUAGUUAUCCUUCAAGGUCAAAGAAACCUCUUAAAGCAUCACACACAUGAUUUCUGACACUGCUACAGGACUCAUUAAGUUCAGGACCAAUUUGCAGCCAUUUUCUUGCCUCACUGCUUUCAUCAUUGAUAUGCAGAAGUAGUCUAAUAAAAAUGUAAUAGAUAUAUUCCAUAAUAAACCUGAAUUCAAAUUACAAGUGCAUUCUCACUGCACUAAUUGCCACAGCUUUAUAUUUUCACAAGAAGGCUCCAGUGCAAAUCUGGAAGGAUAGGAAUGGAGUUUAUAAUCUCUUCUGCAGUAUCAACAUAACUGGUUUUCCUUGGUAUUUCCUCAAUUGCAGGAAGAUUACCCCAAACAUUUUUGUCCAUCGCCGAAAUCUAUGUAGGAAAUGAGUUACUGUAGUCUUUUUUUUCCUUUCACUUGAAAUAUUUUAAAAACCUUUCUAGAAAGCCCAUAGACUCUAAAACAACAAAUAUUAAAAUAUAUUUACACUCAGGCACUAAAUGGUUCUUGCAGACGAGGCAGCAUUUCAUCUGUAAGUCCGUAAAGGUCAUUUAUUGUAUCUGGUGCUCCCAGUACGGGAUCUUCUAUAUCGGCGAGACUUGAUGCAGAUUAGGGGACUACUUCAAGCACCUGCUCUCCGUCUGCCGCAACAACCAUCUCCUGAUAGCCUCCCAUUUUAAAUCCACUUCCCAUUCCACACAGACAUGUCUGUCCAGGGUCUCCUUUACUGUUAACGACAAGGCUAAAAGCAGGUUGGAGAAGCAAUAUCUGUUGUUCUAUCUUGGUAGUGCCUAACCUGAUUGCAUGAACAUCAAUUUUUCUAACUUCCAAUAAUCAUCUGCUCCCUCAGCUUCCCCCGCUCCUUUAUUCCAUGAUCCAAUGUCCUCUCCUAUCAGAUUCUUUCUCCUUCAUCCCUUUUGCCUCAUCGACCCGUCACCUCCCAACUUCUCAGUUAAUUCCCUUUUAUUCCCUUAACCCACCCAUCUUUUCCCUCUACUGGUCUCACCUAAUACCUGCCAACUUGUACUCCUUCCCCUCCCCACCCACCGCCCACCUUCUUUAUUAUUCUGGCUUCUGCCUGCUCUCCUUUCUAGUCCUGAUGAAGGGUCUUGGCCCAAAAUGUUGACUGCUCAUAGAUGCUGCCUGACCUGGUGAGUUCCUUCAUUAUUUUGUGUGUGUUGUUCCUAUAAGAGCAUUAAUGGUUUUCUGACUAUUAUUAAUGUUAAACAGAGUAGGUAUUGCACAGCCAUGAACGAACAGGACAGAUAUACAGUCAUUGUGCUUAUUGCUAACAUAAUACCCUUUCACUGCUUUAGAACUCAAACUGCCUUUUCUUUAUGCUUUACAUAAAGUGUAAAAGUGGCCACUUUAUUAGGCACACCUGUCUCUGCUCAUUAAUCCAAAUAUCUAAUCAACCAAUCGUGGCAACAAUUCAAUGCAGAAGAGUAUGCAGACUUGGUCAAGAAGUUCAGUUGUUGUUCAGACCAAACGUCAUAAUGGGGAGGAAAUGUGAUCUAUGU